ACUAUGUAGCUCAUGGCAGAGGACACUUCACUCUUCCAGCUCUCCGUUCUGCCCUCGUUCUCGCGUGACUUCCGUUUGGACGAAGUUUGAAUUAACGGCUCUGACUCUGAGGCUGAAUUCCGCCCGAAAAAUUUCUCCCGAGGACCCACAAGACCACGUCAACGUCAAGUGUCUGUAAGCUAACUUUUAUUUCCUUAAAAUGUAAAAAGCACAGUGGUUUGUUUUUAGGGGAUUUUUUUCUUUUUUGUUUCAUCAUGCAGCAAAGCUAGUUAGCUUAGCUUUAACGGAGCUGUCGCACUUUGAAGUUUUCUAGCAUUGUUUAAACAUGCUUGUCUGCACAUUUUGCAGUAACUUUACAGUCCCUGAGGGGCUAUGUGUUGCACUGCAGAGUGCACAGAAACGAACCUAGUUGUUUAUUCAAAUGCCUCGGCACUGAAUGCAAACGGACAUUUUGUACAUAUGCAGCAUUUAAAACUCAUUUUUACCGAGUUCACAACGUGCUUUCACAUCCUGAAUCAGCUAAAGCCGUUGUUGAAAACUUGAAGUGCGCCAUUUCGUUGUGUGGGCGCCAAAGUCAAACCGUGAAAGAACUUGUUGCUCAUUUAAAGGAGCAUAUAAUUGGAGGGACGGCCCGUUGCGUGUCCAGUAAAAGGCUGUAAAAAGAAUUUUACUGUUAAAUCGUCAUUCACAGCUCAUAUGUCCCGUAAACAUAGAGGCUUUACUGCGCUCAAUAUUGAUGCUUUGUACAAGGAAAGCACAUUUCAGAUUUGUAGUGAGGCAGAAGAAGAUGGGCCAGGCGAGAGCCCAAAUGGCACACUGACAAAUGAAUUGUCUCCAAAUUUCAGUGAGGCUUUCCUCAGAAAUUUGUGUCAUUUCUACCUAAAACUUCAAGGACAGCUGCUUCUACCAGCAUCCUCAAUACAGACCAUCGUUGAAGAGAUGCAAAAUGUACAUGAGCUGGGAAUGGAUUACACUUUGAGUAAACUGAACUCACUUUUAAAAGAUGACAUUUGUCUAGCAGAUGAUGUUAUUGCUAAAGUAUGUGACUGCGUGAAAGAUUCAGAUCGUUUUUCUGUUUGUCAUCGAGGACCACUAAGAACAACGUAUUCAAGAGCACAUACAUUCAAAAAAGUGUUCAAAUACACAGAACCAAAACAAAUUAAUUUAGGGAAUGAUGAAAACAUGACUCAGAGAUUUUACUACUACAUACCCAUUAAACAGACACUAAGUAUACUUUUAGAAUCAGAAUUAUGGAAGAAUUCAGUGUUACAACAGUCCAGUGAAACAAACUCUGAUGUUUUCUAUGACAUAAGUGAUGGACAAAACUUUCAGUGCAACCAGUUCUUCAUUGAAAAUCCUGGGUGCCUGAAACUCAUUCUGUACCAAGAUGCCUUCGAAAUUGUAAAUCCUCUUGGUUCAGCUAAAAAGAAACACAAAGUUGUUGCUGUUUAUCUAUCUGUGGCUAACUUACCUGUUCAUGUCCGGUCAAGCACUGAUCACAUGUUUCUUGUUUCAUUGUGUGCAGAGAAAGAUUUAAAACAGUUUGGAACUGCUAAGAUUUUUUCAGAACUUCUCAUGGAUUUAAAAGAUUUAGAGGAAAACGGCAUUGUUGCAGGUGAAGAAACUAUCAAAGGAGCACUCUUCUGUAUCGCUGGUGACAAUUUGGGAUCACACAGCAUCGGCGGGUUUACUGAAAACUUUAGUACCUCUAAGUACUUUUGUAGGUACUGUGAAAUCACACGUAAAGACUUUGAAAAUGAUCCAAAUGCUUGUUCUCCACAGCGCACCCCUGAAGCUUACAACUCUGCUGUCCUUCAUCUACAAACUGGAAGCAAUCAAGACGUCAAAGGAGUCAAGAAAUGGCAGAACCAACAUUUCUACGUGGUGCUAUCAAUGACGUAUUGCCUGACCUCACAGAGGUUUCAAAAGAAAUCCUCGAAGAAACUUUAAAGUCAAUUGGAGUGGAAACUUACAACGACUUCCAAUUUAUUGCCGAGGAUGACUUGCUAUCAGUGUUGAGGCCAGUACAAGCCAGAAAAGCCCUUGCUGCUAGGAAAUCCAGAUACCAGGAUCGUGAAAGCAGCAGGUCUCCAGUUUGUACUUCACCAGAAACUCCUGCAUCUCUGCAUUCUUCUUCCCCACUGAGCGUGUCAUCAAACUCCAACAGCAACCAGACAUCUGAAAUCGACUGGGUGGAUACCUUUGAGAUACCAUGGAGAAAGUUUUCAGAGGAACUGAUGCAGUCAUUGGAGAGAGGAAAACGGCCAAGUCCAAAAAUGAGGAGGGAGAUGGUCAGGAUUGUGGUAUCAGAAAUGAUGAAAAAAAGUUCUUCCAUAGGUAAAAGAAGUUCAACAGAAGUAGCAAAAAAGAUGGUGGCAAAAUAUCCAAAAUCUCUACAAGACGUCAUCGAGGGUGAUGUCAUUGGCCCUGGCUAUCAUUCUCUGGUCAAACAACUGCAAUAUCGACUAGAGAACGUGAAGCGAUCUGCAGUUCCCAAAAUAAGAAAGCGAAAGCACUGCUCUGAAAACUCAGACACUGAUGAAAUUACUCCAGAACAGCGAGCUUCGGUUCAAGACACUUAUGGAUGCAUCAACUGGGAUGUAAAAUUCCUGCCACUUGGAGAAACCCCUGAAAGCCAGCAGCUGAAGAAGGAAAAGCUUAAGACAAUGGUUCUCCAAAAGGAGACAAAUCCUGAGGAAAUAAAGCAAUUAAUGAAGGCAACUUUCUACACACAGCGCAAAGAUGUUAACCAGGGGAAAAGCAUCCGAGAGAUCUUGAGAGAGUGGCCACUUUUAUUUGAAGAAGUUGGCAUGGCUGUCCACUACAAAGGACUAACUGGGCUUGGACUGAAGGAAACAUUCACGCGGAACAUGGAUCUGAAGGGAAAACGACUGCUAAACUACAUGAACACUGUUUGUGUGAACAAGAACAAACGGUUUUUCCAGGCUCAAACAAAGCUGAAGAUGAUAAGAGGAGAACUGGACGGCUCUUCCGAAGAUGUUAAAGAGAUGGUGCUCCUACUUCUUCACUACUUUGAUGAAAAGGAAGAAGCAAUGUUUUUCUAUGUUGAGGACACAUGUCUGGCUGAAGAAGUACAGAUGGAAAAUGUCCCCAUGACACCUACCGUCAUUGUGUGUGGGCGAUCCUGCUAUUAUGCUAAACGGUUCAUGUUGAGUGUGGAUCAAGAAGUUGGGCACAACAACGUCUCCUGCUUCAUCUCUGCAUUUUGCAUGAUGUUUGGGAGCUACUACUGCCUGAACAUUCAUUACCCAUCAGGUCUAGCGUGCACACUGGAGUUUCUGCAGAGGUGUUUCUUCUCUAUCAACCCGGAAAAGGGCACCAAAGUGGAAGAAACCGGCAAAUCCAGACUGCAUGUGAACCCCCGAGUCCUCACCUUGAUUCAAGAACUUUCAGAUCAUGAGUGGCGUGAUGUCUGAAACUGGACUAAAGUCAGUGAGUUUUCCAACCAUGACUGAGACUGUUGUAAAGAAGUAACCACAUAAGAGUUUAGACUGCAUACAAGUGUUCACCAUUUCUCUAUUUUAGUUUUUGCUUUAAAGCAAAUCCAUUCUGAUUUUAAGUGCUAGUACCUUUGUUGUUCUAGAAAGUUGCAUUCUGAAAUUAAUGGUAUGUUAAAACUCUUGCUUUAUGACAGCAGAGUAUUUUUUUUGUCCUUUGUAAAAAAAAAAAAAAGAAAAGAAAAAUAAUGUGUACCCCAAGGUCCUCACCUUGAUUCAAGAACUUUCAGAUCACAAGUGGUGUGAUGUCUGCAACUGGACAAAAGUCGAAAAAGAAAAAAAAAAGUUUUCAAACUAUGAGACUGUUGCGAAGUAACGUCAUAAAAAUUUACACUGCAUUCAAGUGUUCGCAGUUUCUCCAUUGUUGUACUUGCUUUGUAGCAAAUCCAUACUGAUUUUUAGUGGUAGUAUGUUUACUGUUCUAGAAAGUUGCAUUCUGAAAUUAUUAGAAUGUUAAAGCUCUUCAUGACAGCAGAGUAUUUUUUUCCUUUGUAAGAAAAUUGUGGACCUUAAAACUUUUCCACAUAUUUUUACAGUUGGUUAAAUUAGGCUCAAAAUAAAAGUUUGAAAGGUGUUCAAGUGUACGUUUAUUAUUUUUUUCAUAAGUGAUUCUCUAUAUAAAGCCUCAUUGUUCUUUAAAGUUGCGUUUAGGUGGUGAAUGUUUGUUGGCUAUCAUAGUUUGUUUAGAAAUAUUAUUACAUAUGCCUAACUAAAUAUUACUAAAAAGAAAAAGAUUGUAAGCAAAUUUAAAUAAAAAUUUCAGGAAGUAUUUAAAAUUUUGCACUGGCAUUUUUACAGUUCUAUUGUUAUGCAAGGUCUUUUUCAGUAAGAUUGAAUUUAAUUUAAUGUACAACAAAACAAACAUUAUUGUAAAUCCAACUGGAAAAAGGCAUAAAAUAACAGCACGAUCAGGUUAAUUCAUCAGAAAAACAUUGUGUAAUUCACCUGUAAAAAAAAUUCCGUUGUUUUUACAAAAUAAUUUUGGCAGCUGUGGUUGCCAGA